CCGUAUUAAAAAAAACCUAUCUACCAAUAUUCAUUUCAAUCUGCGGAAUUAAUUAUCACAAAACAAAAACUUUUCCAACGGCGAGGAGCGCCUUGUUUAACAAAAAGGAUCGAUACUUGUGAUCCUGUAAACAUUUCAUUCACACAUCAUCAUCAAUGGCAGACACAAUUAUCUCUACUCAAAAAAUUAUAACUUGCUUAGCAUCAGGAGCAGCUGUUAGAUGCAGCAACAAUAAUAUUAAUAAUAAUGCUUCAAAGGUUGAUCAGUUUUCAAGCACUCACCGUCUUCGGUUCAACUCUGUAGCUAAGCAGAGUCGCUUCUCUUUUCUGGAUCAGAAGAAAAAUGAAGGCACUAGAAAGAAAAAAUUGGCGAUCUGUGCUUUACCACCAGAAACCCUGGUUCCGGUUGAUGCAACUUCACCCGGCCAGUUGUGGGAUUUCAUCACAAACUCCUCACUCUCUGAUUGGCAAGUUUGGGUUGGUGGAUCUGCAGUUACAGUACUUCUAUCCUUUGUCACCAAGGGCAAAUGGGGACCUUUGUUACAAUUGCAAGACAAACUUCAAACAACAAUAGAUCAAGCAGAAAAGGUUGUAGAUAUGGUGGAAGAUGUGGCUGAGAGAGUGGAGAAAGUGGCAGAAGAAGCAGCCAAUAAUCUUCCAGACGGAAAACUUCAGGAUGCUGCUGAGUAUAUCGAAAAUUUGGCUGAGAAAAUAGACAAGAGUGCUGAAAUGGCGGAGGCUGCACUAGAAAAGAUAGAAGACAUUAGUGAGCAGCUGGAAUCCUUCGUUGAGUCAACACAGGAAUUAAAAACUGUCACGACUACAGUGCAAGCCAAGGAUCAGAAUUAGAGGAAUAUCAAUGUUGAAUUUCAAUGCAUGCAUGUGAUAUUUAGUUAUGCACUAAAAUAGUAAUGUUAGUUAUACAUUAUUCAACUUUUUUUUAAUGAAUUAAGUCCAACUAAAUUAAAUAAUAAAAUUUAAAAUAAUAUUAAUUAUAAUUAAUAUUUAUUAUAUUAAAUUAAUUUAAUUAAAUUUAAUUAACAAAAAAAUGUGAAUAUAUAGUAUUAUUCCACUAAAAUGAUCAAUUUGACAGUCCAAAAUUAUAUUUAAAUGUCCGUCAAUUUUCAUAUAUGUAAAAUAUUUCGUGUGCUUCCUAGAAGCUAAGCAUUAGCACUUUGGACAUAUUCAUUUGCUCAUGAGCCUUGUAGAUUAUUAUUAAGAGAUUAAUUAUGAAACUAACUUUUAUCA